AUGACGACCAAGUCUGGCCAGCCGGCUCUCCAGCCCAAGGGCAUGCCCGCCUACGACCCAGAGAUAUCGGAUAUGGCCGACUUCAUUCACAAUUACAAGAUCAAUUCCGACCUGGCUGUAAGAUUCGUCUCUCGAGGCUUGUGGUAGAGAAGAGCACCUGUGCUGAAUAUGGAUCAUAGAUUGACACUGCUCGCUUCGUCUUCCUUGACACCAUUGGCUGUGGUCUCAAGGCCCUCGAGUUCCCAACUUGCACCAAGCUCCUCGGACCAAUCGUCCCCGGCACAGAGGUCCCCAAUGGCACUCGGGUGCCCGGUACGCCAUACAUCCUCAGCCCCAUUGACGGUGCUUUCAACAUCGGUGCCAUGAUCAGAUGGCUCGACUUCAACGACUGCUGGCUGGCUGCCGAGUGGGGUCACCCCUCCGACAACCUGGGCGCCAUCCUUGCCGUGGCCGACUGGAUCAACAGGACCAACAAGUCGGGCACCCAUACCUACAACAACGGCAAGAUCUUCACCAUCCAUGAUGUGCUGGAGGGCAUGGUCAAGGCACACGAGAUUCAGGGUUGCUUGGCACUGGAGAACAGCUUCAACAAGGUCGGCUUGGACCACGUUGUAAACGUCAAGGUUGCUUCCACCGCCGUCGUCUCUCAAAUGCUGGGUCUCAACCUGGAGCAGACCAAGGCCGCCAUCUCCCAAGCCUGGGUCGACGGCCAAAGCAUGCGUACAUAUCGCCACACCCCCAACACCAUGUCCCGCAAGUCCUGGGCUGCUGGUGACGCCUGCCAGCGUGCCGUGGAUAUGUCUCUGAAGGUCCUGAAGGGCGAGGGCGGUCUUCCAACCGUCCUCUCCACUCCCGUCUGGGGUUUCUACGAUGUCAACUUCAAUGGCCAAAAGUUCAAGUUCCAGCGCCCCUAUGGCACCUAUGUGAUGGAGAACGUCCUCUUCAAGGUCUCUUACCCAGCUGAGUUCCACUCGCAGACCGCAAUUGAGGCCGCCGAGCGCAUCCACCACAAGCUGAAGAAGCUGGGCAAGUCUGCAGAGGACAUUGAGGAGAUCACCAACCGCACUCACGAGGCUUGCAUCCGUAUCAUUGACAAGCAGUUCAAGCCCAUGGACAACUACGCCGAUCGUGACCAUUGCGUGCAGUACAUGUGCUCCGUGAUGCUUGUGUACGGAAGACUUACUGCAGACGACUACACCGACGGCGGUGAGGCUGCCACUAGCCCGCUCGUCGAGAGCUUGAGGCAACGCAUUGCUUGCAAGGAAGACCCACAGUUCACCAAGGACUACCAUGACCCAGAGAAGCGCACCAUCUCCAACGCUCUCACCGUGAAGCUCAAGGAUGGCACUGUUCUGGAAGAGGAGGUCGUGGAGGCUCCUCUCGGCCACAGACUCAGGAGAGAAGAGGCCAAGCCGGAGAUCUUGGCCAAGUUCAAGAGGCACAUCGAGCCGCACUUUUCGGCAGAUCACGUCAAGGUAUGUCCUUUUUUUAUUUCCCCCCAUGUUUCUCAAACGUAUGCUGACUUCUCACUUCGCAGAAACUGGUCGACCUCGGCAACGACCCAUCAACGCUCUACAAGAUGCCAGUACACGAGUACAUGGAUCUGUAUGUGAAGGACAAGAUCUUGUAA